CUUCAAGCAACCUCCGUCGAUCUCUCUCUCUCUCUCUCCGCCAUGUCGCCGCCGCCGCCGUCGCCGCCGCCGUCGCCGUCGAUCUCAGUCGAAGCGCCGGAGCACGAAGCCCUGCCGACGGCGAGGCGGCUCCGGCGGCUCCGCUCCCACCUGACGCCGACCGCGCCUCCUGCGCCUCCUCCGGGCGGCGUCGACCGGCUCGAGAUGCUGGCGUGCGCUAGGGCUGCGAAGCUCGAGGUCGACACGGCGAGAUUGUGCGAGUACAUGAGGGGGAGGCACCGGGGGGUCCAGGAGGAGGUGUUCGCGUACUUCAAUUCGCGGCCCGACCUCCAGACCCCGGUCGAGAUCGCCAAGGACGAGCACCGGGAGCUCUGCAUGCGGCAGCUGCUGGGGCUGGUCCGGGAGGCCGGGAUUCGGCCCUUCCGAUACGUUUCCGAGGAUCCGGAGAAGUACUUCGCGAUCAUGGAGGCUGCCGGCAGCGUCGACAUGUCGCUCGGGAUCAAGAUGGGCGUGCAGUACAGUCUUUGGGGAGGCUCAGUGAUCAACUUAGGAACUAAAAGACAUAGGGAUAAGUACUUUGACCAGAUUGAUAGCAUGGAAUAUCCAGGUUGUUUUGCAAUGACAGAGCUCCAUCAUGGCUCAAAUGUUCAAGGUCUUCAAACUACUGCGACAUUUGACCCGAUUACAGAUCAGUUUGUUAUAGACACGCCUAAUGAUGGGGCCAUUAAAUGGUGGAUUGGCAAUGCUGCAGUCCAUGGUAAGUUCGCAACUGUUUUUGCCAAGCUAAUGCUGCCAACUCAUGAUGCAAGAGGGCUUGCUGAUAUGGGAGUCCAUGCCUUUAUUGUCCCAAUAAGGGAUAUGGAAACACACAAAACACUUCCUGGAAUCGAAAUACAUGAUUGUGGGCACAAGAUUGGCCUGAAUGGGGUAGAUAAUGGAGCACUAAGAUUCCGCUCUGUAAGAAUUCCUCGAGAAAAUCUCCUCAAUAGGUUUGGAGAUGUGUCUCGGGAUGGGAAAUACACGAGCAGCCUCCCAACUAUCAAUAAAAGAUUUGCUGCUACACUUGGUGAACUCGUGGGUGGAAGGGUUGGCCUGGCAUAUUCUUCAGUUGGAGUCCUAAAAAUUGCCAUCACAAUUGCCACGAGAUAUUCUUUACUUCGCCAGCAAUUUGGUCCUCCCAAGAAGCCUGAAGUUAGUAUUCUGGAUUACCAAUCUCAACAACACAAGCUUAUGCCCAUGCUGGCUUCAACUUAUGCAUUUCAUUUCGCCACUCUGUAUUUGGUGGAGAAGUACUCAGAGAUGAAGAAGUCUCAUGACGAUCAGUUGGUUGGAGAUGUUCAUGCACUGUCGGCAGGUCUCAAGGCUUAUGUGACGUCUUAUACAGCAAAGUCAUUAAGCAUCUGCCGGGAGGCAUGUGGAGGACAUGGUUAUGCAGCUGUCAAUAGAUUUGGUAGCUUGAGGAAUGAUCAUGAUAUUUUUCAGACUUUUGAAGGGGACAACACAGUGCUUCUGCAGCAGGUGGCUGGUGAUCUCUUAAAGCAAUACAAGGAGAAGUUUCGAGGUGGGACACUUGCAGUUACGUGGAACUACUUGAGGGAGUCCAUGAACACUUACCUAUCACAGCCCAACCCUGUGAUUGCCAGAUGGGAAAGCGAAGAGCAUUUGCGUGAUCCUAAAUUCCAGUUGGAUGCAUUUAGAUACCGGACUUCUCGACUACUUCAGAGUGUUGCCGCAAGACUCCAAAAACACACUAAAACCCUUGGGAGUUUUGGUGCUUGGAACAGAUGCUUAAAUCACCUUCUGACACUUGCAGAGUCACAUAUUGAAUCUGUCAUUCUUGCAAAGUUCAUUGAAGCUGUCGAGAGAUGUCCUGAUGCAAGUGCUCGAGCUGUUCUCAAAUUAGCAUGUGAUCUAUAUGCCCUGGAUCGUAUCUGGAAUGACAUAGGAACCUACCGCAACGUCGACUACGUGGCACCCAACAAAGCUAAGGCAAUCCACAAACUCGCCGACUAUCUCAGUUUCCAAGUAAGAAAUGUCGCUGGAGAGCUUGUAGAUGCCUUUGACCUUCCGGAUCAUGUGACACGGGCACCAAUCGCUAUGAAAUCAGAAGCUUACUCUCAGUACACACAGUGUGUUGGAUUCUAGUUUGCUCUGGUGAUUGCCAAAGACAAAUUCACUCGACACCCAUUGAUCCCAAAAUAAGGAUGUCACUGUACCUUGUCAAAUUUAUCGCGCAAGGACAUUGACGAUGGUUAUACAGAUCCAUGCCGGGACCAGAUAUAAAGUGGUUGGACUGAGAAGUCACGGCCCCUGGCCUUGUUCUUAGCUUUAUGUAUCGAAAGGGCACACCAUAUUCUUUGGGCAAAAUUAACAUGCCCGGACGUUUCAUCUUCAAUGUAAUACAAAGUAUUGCCAGGAGGACUUUCAUUUUUAUAGCCCUCGUGAGUUCUGCUCCAGUCGAUAUUAGUCGUUAAUCAAGUUGAUUUGUGGAAA